AUGCCCCGACCUAGCUCCAUUUACCGGUUUUCUAAGGUUCCGGCAUUCAGUAGAACUCAGUAUAAGUUUCCCAUCUUAGAGGCAGAUGAAAUAAUCCAGGUUUUUGAUGCGCUGGAUUUUGGUGUCAGCGAGGCGAUGCUUGUGAAGCCUACAUUCAGCUUCAUGAACUCGUUGAUAGAACAGGUGCUUGACAAAUUUCUUUAUGUGCCUCCUUAUUCAUUAAGAAAAAAGAUUCAGGAGACCCAGUUCGAAGAUGCUCAGGAGGAAGACAACCUUCAUACUUCGAUGAAUGUAAUGGCUCCCAAACGCAUAGUUUACAAGUUUCUCUGCGACUGUGGAGUGAAUGACUUCAGUAUAAGGGAUGUUUCAAAGCCAGAUCCGACGCGGGUAAGGAUCAUUUUAAGUGCAAUUAUCAAUUUUGCAAGGUUCAGAGAGGAGCGAAUGAAUGAUUGUGAUGGAUUACUGGAUUCGAGUGAAGACGUUAUAGUCAAAUAUCGAGAGGUUCUUGAGAAAAAUGAGAAGCUAGAGAACCAAAUGACUUCACUAAACAAUCAGAUUGCUGCUGAAGGGUAUACCAUGGAUGAAGUGGAUGAAAGGAAUAACUUGUUAGAGAAUCAAUUGAAAGAGUUACGUUCCAAUCAACAGAAGCUUGCCUCUGAACAUACCAAAUACAAGUCCGAGAAGACAGGUUUAAUUAAAGAGUUGGAGAACCAGAGUGCGUUAUACAUAGCGUCAGAGAAAGAUCUUGAACAGGUAAGACCAUAUAUUAAAGAGUCUCCUGAAAGUGUGAGGGAAUUGAUAACCAGAAUGCAAGAGUCUUUGGCAGAGGAGCAAGAGAAAUUGAAGAAUUUGGAGACCCGAUCGAGGAAAAUUUCGAUCUCGUUUGAUUCGUUUCAACUAUUGAUUCAGGAAUUUAAAUUGUUAAACCGAACACUGGAAGAUGUUCAGGUAGAGACCAGUAAGCAAGAUAGUUCCAGCAAAGCGCUGAACGAAUUGAAAAAUGAGACCGAAGAGAGAGAAAGCGUGAUAAAGGAUUAUACUAGAAGAGUUGCACAAAUAGAAAGGCAAGUGCAGCAUAAUGAGGAGAGAAUUGAAAAGCUUUCCAAGUUUUAUUCUGAUAAGUUGGGACAGCUGCAAGAGAAGAUGGAACAGAAAAGUACGGAACUUGCGUCAUUGAAGACCAAAAAGGCCGAGCAGGAUGCAGAUGCGACUUCUAAAAAGUCCCAAAUUGAGCUUUGGCAAAUGCAGAUGUCUAAUUUGAAGAGGAGCUUUGAAACUGAGUGCAGAGAGGCUAGUUUUGAGUUGGAAAAGCUUAAUUCACACAUUCAACUCUACGAAGUUGAGAUGAGUAAGAAGCUAAAGGAGCAGAAGAACGAGUUGGGACUGGUGAAUCGAAAAACUAGCCACUAG